UGACUGAACUGAAUUGACGUUAGGUGUUAGUGGUGCUUUUCUAACCUAAAACCUCAUUAGUUCAGAAUUAAUUUAUUACAUAUAAAAAUGAGUGAAGAUGGAAAACUAACAGACGAAUGGAUGAUCCGACCAUGUACAGCCUAUUUGGAAGAUUACAAAGACUGUCGAAGCAUAGCAGCCCGAUUUCAUCAGUACUUCAUAUACGGUAAAACAAUCGAUUGCUCGCAAUAUAGACGAGACUAUGACGCCUGUAUAAAAUGGCAGGACGAUCAGGACCUGAAAGCGGCUAAUGCUGUUGUACAAAGUGAAACUGAAAGACGGAUGCAAAGGUUAAGAGAUCACUAUGGAAAUGAUGUGUGGACAAAACGUCGGUCGCCACCGAAAGACUGGAACAAGCCAUUACCGGAGUACCUCCUGAAGGAGUACGAGAAUACGUACUUAAAUUUGAAAGCGAAGGAAAUGAAAGGUGAACCUGUCGAUAAUGUACUGUUAAAUGAGGAAUGGAAAUUAUGUAGCGUUAUAAAAUGCCCCCAGCCCUUAUUAGCGCCCCUCAUAAAAAUAAUAAUACAAGAAGUGAGAAGUACAUGCAAAAAAGAGCCCACAUUAUGCGGAUUCAAUCCAUUAGAUAAAGCGUACGAGCCACUUCGUUUUAUGCAGAGCGUCAUCGGCAAAACAAAUGAAGUCUGUCGGCGAUAUUUAGACAACAGCAAACUUUGCAGUCUUCCAGCUCCAGGGCCUCCAUAUAAUGUAGUAAGCGCAUGCGCAAUCAAAAACAGUCGAAGGCGAAUGGAGGAUCGCCACGUAAUCGUGCACGAUUUAAGCACUCUGUUUUCGAAUAAGGAAGUUAGUCCGUCCAGUUAUUAUGCAAUAUUCGAUGGUCAUGCAGGACACGACGCUGCGGCGUACAGCUGUGCUCAUUUACACCAAUUUUUGGGUGAAAACAAACAGUUUUGCACCAACCCCAAGUUGGCAUUACGAGAAGCUUUUCUAAAAACUGAUACCUUGUUCAACGACAAAUGUAAAGUUGAGAAUUUUCGUAGCGGUACCACCGCAAUUUGCGCUUUGCUCAAACAUAAGGAGAAAACGUUGUACAUCGCAUGGGUCGGCGAUUCACAGGCGGUUUUGGUAGGCCAAGGGCAUUCUUUGCAAUGCGUCCAACCUCACAAGCCUUGCAGGGAGGACGAGAAGCAACGCAUCGAAGAGCUAGGGGGCACGAUCAUAUUUUGGGGCUCUUGGCGAGUAAAUGGUCAGCUGGCGGUUUCGCGAGCGAUAGGCGAUUUGGAGUACAAACCUUAUGUAACUGCCGUGCCCGAUAUUCGGGAGAUACCUCUGAAUGGAAGUGAAGAUUUUUUGAUUUUGGCUUGCGAUGGAUUGUGGGAUGUUAUUUCGGAGAAAGAGGCCGCUCAGUGUGUGUACGAGGAACUUGCUCAUAACCAAGACGAUAUCGAAUCCGUAAGCGAGCGUUUAGUUCAGCUAGCGAAGCAGCAAGGUUCCUGUGAUAACAUCUCUGUUAUCGUAGUUUUUCUUCGCGAACCGUCCAAAGUGGCCGCGGAGGCCCACUGGGCGACCCGCCACAGCCUAAUCAUGGAUACCUUAGACAACGCGAACGCCACAAAUCCCUUCGCCAACUCGAACAACCCCGACAUCCUAGGCCAGAAGGAGGGUUUCGUCCUAAAUUUGGCCGACGGAUGUAAACAGAACGGAACGGAGAAUGUGGCCGACUUCUUGGAGAGGUCGGCGAACGGCAAACGUUCCGCCGACGAAUUCGACGACGACGAGGAUCUGGGACCCGAAACCGACGUCGACUGCAUCGACGAGCUGUCCUUCUCGCCGACGCCCCUGCAGUCGAAAGGGUUGGUUGACGAAAUUGUAAAUAACAACCCCUUCCAAACGGACUGCGACAACAAGGAGGAAAAGGCAACUCUCGAGAUGGACUCGCAAAAGUAUUGCGAAUUGCGCGAAGAGACGCCUACGCCACCCGCCGACUCAGUUCAAGAUACUAGCGGAUUAGUAGAUAAUGUAGCUGAAAGUGGGGAGGAAUCCGAAGACGAAUGGAAUUACUUUAAAGGCGAUCAAGCGGAGAAAGAAAACAUCAAUCCUUCGGAAAGUGAUAAAAAGAUUUCUGACCUGGACUUGGAAUCCGACACGAUGUCGCAAUUAAAUCCGAACGCGGCGGAAUUUGUGCCCGUUUCACCGAAACGGGAUGUAACUUCGCCCGUCUAUCAGGCGCUAAUGGACGAUAUGGUGAUCGCGCAGUCCCCGAAACGAUUUACAAAUAACGAUAUCGACAUCAAAGUUCCUAAUCCACAAGAGUUCGAAACCGAAAUCAAGCAGAGACCCGGUGAUGUUGUCGAGACCGAACCGGACAAUGCGCACAAUUUGUCCUCGCAGGAAAUCAUGGAGAACUUGCUUAACGGGAAGACAAUGGAAGAAAUUGAAUUUCAACCGUCCUUGCCGAAAGCGAACGAAUUUCAUUUCGGGCCGAAUUCUACACCGUUCUCGACUCCGGGGAAAUUCAUGGAUCAGUCCACCAAGGCCGUUAUCGAUGAUGAGUCGAAUUAUUUAAACGAGUCCUUGAAUGACGACCUUCAGAAUUUAAAUAAGGAGGAGAAUUGCAUGUCAAUUUCAUUUUAUCAAGAGGAAGAUGAACCCAAUGCUUUGGAUCUAAAUAAAGUUCAAGUGUUACCGGAAAAUUUAGAAGAAUUCCUGGAGAGGCCUAAAAGCGACGAUCGGUUGACAAAGGAACCGAUUGAGGUGGAGGUUAAUAUCAGCGAAAGAUUGUCACCAUUUAAGGAUCACCUUUCGGUUUCUUCUGGAAAUUUGGGCUCCCAAUCCUCGAUACCAGACCUACAGUCCCCCGUACCGGAUGUUCACGAUGAAGUGUUGAUUGCAGAUGUUGAACCACCUAAGCCCAAUAUUCAUUCACCGUUGAUACCAGACGAGCAGCCACAUGCCAAGUCACCAAUUUCGGAAGAGGGUAGGGUUAAGUCACCAAUUUCGGAAAAGGACAGGAUUAAGUCACCGAUUUCCGAAGAGGAUAGGUUUGAAACGAAAUCGCCGAUGUUUGAUAGAGAAUCUCCAGUUUCCGUUGAUGAAUUGAAAUGUAGUGAAAACCAUGAGCCUGAAGUUUUAUUGCCCGAGGUGCCCGCUCUUGAUUUGCCAAAGCAAGCAUCGCAUGUGGAAUCGCCUGUACAGGACUUAAAGCACGAAUUUAUAUCGCAUAUUCCUAUAGAACCAUCUCCUCUUUCCUCUCCUGUGGAAGAGUCUACACCACUAGUCUUAGAUGAACCUCCCCAUGACUUCCUUUCCUCACCUAUCCAAGAAGAGAGAACCUUAAUUACAAAUGAAAUUGCAGAUAUUCCCAUAGAGUCACACAUAGAGAAACCAACUCUGUUUGAUAACCUGGCAAAGUCCCCUCUUUCUUCACCGAUACAGGAAACGAGGCCAUUCCUUGUAGAUACUUCCAUAAGAUCGACAAUCUCCUCCCCUGUACAAGAAACAAAGCCGUUCUUAGAAAUAGAACCAUCCAAUUCCGUCAAACUCUCCAAUGAUCUAAUUAAGACUGACACAAUUUUCGAACCCCCGGUACAAUCCUAUCAACCUCCUAUGGAUUUACCAUUAACACCAACAAAAGCACCUUCACCACAAGUUCAAUCUCCCCUUCUACUACCUACCCGAUCUACCGAUUCUCCCCAACUUGACUCGCCGGUCGAUGACAUAACCUCAUCUGUAAAAGACUCGCCUUUGCCCCUAGCGUCACCAACCGAAAUUCUUGAAACCAUCCCCCACAUAUCCGAUUCUCCAAAGUCAAUUGCCGAUACGGAAUCCAUAGCGACGACCGAUGUAAAUUCUUUCAUAGAAAGAUCUCGCAUACCCGACAUCGCGUCUCCACUAAGCGGGGACGAAACGCAAAAUGUCACUCUGGAAAUUAAAUCAGAAAUCAUAGCGCCCGAGUUUCCCGUGCAGACCGUAACCACACCGUCGCAAGAGAGCAAAUCUGACGAUGUGCUCGUCGCACCGGCGGCUCUAAUCGAGCGAGUAGUGGAAAAGGCGAAACCCGCAACUGCCGUUGCCGCCGCCGCGUCAAAGAAGACACCCGCGAGAAUCUCCGCCACAAAACUUGCGCCCAAAGCGGCGCCGGCGGCGAAAGCGCAACCUGCAAAAACGACCGCGCCAACGAAACCCGCACCGCCGAAAACCGCAUCGGCGGUCAGCAAAACUUUAGGCGGUAAACUGACGCCAAAAGACGUGAAACCGCCAAGCAAAGUCGCGGAGAAGAAGCCGAUCGCGAACGGGGACGUCAAACCUCUGGCGAAGAAGCCUGCGUUGACCGCAACGAAAACUACACCGACCGCCAAGGCGGCCCCGCUGAAAUUGAGCCCUACCAAAGUCACGGCGACGAAAUUAACGCCGACGAGCACGCGUCCUUUGGCCGCCAAGCCCGCGCCGAAACCCGCCCCCCCGAAACCGUCGCCUACCACCGUUAAGAAUGUUUUCGAACGACUGUCGCAAACUAAACCGUCAACUGUGGCGGCAACGAAAUCCACAACAUCUACCUUAACAGCCAAACCUAAAACCACUGUUCCACCCAUGAAACCCCGCACUUUGGUGUCGAAAUUAUCCACAAACGCUCCGGAUACGGAAAAACAAAUUAAAGAAUCUACAAAUAAGCAAUUAACGGCAAGUAGACUUUCAUCGCCCGGCAAGCCACUCACGUCGGCGACUCGGAAACCCGCCACUAAGCCUGCGGCACCGUCAAAGACUAGCGUGGAUGCUAAGAAACCGGCCGAACUUGUCCGACACAGCACAACCAAACCAAAGACCACAACCACAACCGGAAUAAAGAAACCGCCCACAACAAAAACCGUAACAAACGGCGUCACAACAAAAGUAUCGACGACAAUAACAAGAACAACUGAAACGAAACUAAUCAAAGACGUAUCGCCAAUAGUUGAAAGACAGAUAGUCGAUAACUCUCAAAUACUAGAAAUGCAACAUACAGACUGAAGACUAUAAUUAUUUUUAUCAAAUUAUGCUUAUUUAUUUACAACUCCAGUAUACUACAUUAUUUGUAAACGACGGCCCUUUUCUCUUAUUCCGAGGCAAAGAGAACAUUUUAUAUUUACAAUUACUUUUUGUGUUGUUUUUUUACGAAAGAAGACUGAAGAGGGCCACGAAACGGGGAUAGAUUUUUCUUAUACAUCGGAGGAUGGCAUAUUUCUUGUAAUCUCCCUAACGCUAAUUUUUUUGUAUGUAUUUUUAACGUUUUUAUUAAGCUUGGCUUUUAGGUGUGCUGAAGAAGAUUGUGAUUUGCGAUGCACUUUUCAUGUAAAUAUGUUUUAAGUAAAUUAUUGGAUUAAACUAUCGGGUGCUAUUUUUGCAUGCUUUUCAUAUGGAAAAUUAUCUCCUUUCUGUUAAAUAUUAUAGAUCUUGUAGAACAAUGGUUAAUGUAAUAUGGUAAUAGCGACCCAACUUGGUAUAUAUAUACAUAAUAACAUAUAGAUGAGAACAUUAUCGAUGCUGUUUACUUUUUCCGAGCUCUUCUGCGGUAAAGAGUCCACUUACUAUAAUUUAUGCUACUUAAUUAUUUUCAAAUACUUGUAAGGGAAUUUGAAGCACGUUGAGAAUUUUUAAAAUUUUAUAUUUUUAUAGUUGAAUUUGUUUUUUUUCUUAUGCCGUUUUAAUUGUGUUUGGUAACCAGUUAUCUAAAGUUGUAACCCUUGAAAUGCAGCACUAAAUAAAUAUCUUUAAAAUC